AUGUUGGAUAAAAUACUUAAGAAUAAAAAUUCCAUAUUUAUUGAUGAUGAUCUAACCGAUUUAAGUUGGCUUGUACAAUGGAAAGAACAAACAUCAUUUCAAGAUAGAAAUAAUUUCGAAACAAAAUUUUUGGAAUCAAAAAUUAAGCAAAAACCAUUAAAAUAUCCUAACGAGGAAACCUCUCAAGAUUAUGCUAGAAAACGUUUUCAUUAUGAUCAAUAUAGUGAACAAAAUGAAAAUUAUUAUCCCCCACCCCCAAACAAUUUUCAUUCUAAUAAUUAUGUUUGUCCAUCAUCGUUAAAUUCAUUAGGAAAUAAUUCAUCGUUAGAAUUUACUCUAUUACCAACUUCUUCGACAACAGCAAUAACGACACCCAUCGUUUCUUCUUUCUUUUCUCCUUUAUCACCACCUAAAUCAGAUGAAAAUUGUUUUAAUGAUUCAUACGAACCAGUACAAAUGACAUUUGAUAAUCAAAUUCAAAUGCAUCAUUCAACUGUCAAGAAUUUUGAAUUAACGAAAUUAAAUAAUAAUAAAUGUGAGACUUAUCCAGAUGAUAUUGAACAAUUAUUAGAAAUAUUCAAAGAUGAAUAUAAUCAUAUUUUAUCAUCAGAAACAGAUGACACAUUAAAAUUGUUAGAACAUCAAUCCGGUUAUUCUUCAAAUGGUAUUGAAAAUAUUACAAAUUUUUAUUUAUAA